GUCAGCAUGGCUGGCUGUGUCUCGCUGCUCCGGGGCCUCAUUCUCGCCUUCCUUCUUACCCUUGUCCUGCACCAGGUGGAGCUUUCAGUGUUUCUUCCAGCCUCGGAGGCAAACAAAGUUCUGGUGAGAUGGAGACGGUCCGGUUCUUAUCUUCUGGAAGAACUCUUCCAGGGCAACUUGGAAAAGGAAUGCUAUGAGGAAAUCUGCAAUCAUGAGGAAGCGAGAGAAGUAUUUGAAGACGACGUCACCACUGAAAGAUUCUGGAAACAGUACUGGGGUGGUUCUCCAUGUAUCUCCCAGCCCUGCCUCAACAACGGGACAUGCAAGGACCACAUCCGCUAUUAUAGCUGCAUGUGUUCCCCUGGCUACGAGGGCAGGAACUGCGCAAUGGCUACAAACGAAUGUCACCUAGAGAGGACGGAUGGGUGCCAGCACUUCUGCCAUCCGGGGGAGUCAUCCUACCUGUGCAGCUGUGCGAAGGGCUACAAGCUGGGCAAGGACCACAAGUCAUGCAGUCCCAACGACAAGUGUGCCUGCGGGACCCUGACUUCCGAAGACAUCAAAGGCUGCCAAAGUCCGCCUAGCUUCCCAUGGCAGGUCAAGUUAACAGACUCCAAAGGAAUGGACUUCUGUGCCGGUGUUUUAAUACAGGAAGACUUUGUGCUGACAACAGCAAAGUGUUCAUUACUCCACAGCAAUAUAAGUGUAAAAGCAAGUGCUGGCCAGAGGAUUGGGGUCAGGAGCACUCACGUGCACAUGCGUUACGAUGAAGAGUCUGGGGAGAACGACCUCUCCCUGCUGGAGCUGGAGGAGCCCUUGCAGUGUCCCAACUCUGGGCUCCCUGUCUGCAUCCCAGAGAGGGACUUUGCCGAGCAUGUCCUCAUCCCUGGAACAGACGGUCUCCUCAGCGGCUGGACGCUCAACGGCACAGGCCUGGGUAUCACACAGACGAUGCUUCCAGUCACACACGCAGAUGGGGAGGAAUGUGAACAGACCCUGAACGUGACAGUCACAACGAGAACAAGCUGUGAGAAGGGCAGUGUGGUGACUGGGGCUUGGGUGGAGGGGAGCGCAGUGACCCGAGAACACAAGGGGACCUGGUUCCUCACAGGGAUCUUGGGUUCACCACCCCCACCGGAGCAGUCGCACGUGCUCCUCACCACAGUCCCAAGAUACUCAAUGUGGUUUAAACAGAUCAUGAAGUGA